AGAAGAUCGGGUUUGCCCGAACGGUGAGUAGCAGCCGACGGGCAAUGCGGCUUGUUGUUUGGCAGCAGCUAGCCAUGACAACAAGGACUUCUUAACUUCUUUUGGGUUGUUGUUCAUGAAUGUGUUUGCGAGACUUUGCAUUUUGGCUCCUGCGCGAUUGGACGAUGGUUUGUCAGAUGGGAAAAGUUGAAAGGCGCGAGGCCUCAGCGAGGCCUCAGCUUGGCCCGAGUGAGUCCGAGCCUUGCGCCAUGGAGCUCGACGGCAUCCUGGUGAGUCUGAACCAGCUAUGCGAGAAUGGCGUCGUGGAGGUAUCUCGGCUUCAGCAGGUUCUGGUGAAGAUUGGCAUGCAGCCCGGGGACGUAGACAUGGUCCUCAACAGCAUGCAGCAAGGUGGGCGGAUCAAGAUGGCAGAGUUCGCGGCCUGGAUUUCAGGCAGGCCACGAAGCACGGUGCCGUGGACUGACAACAUCAUUCUUGCAACAGACAGCUACAAAUUCAGCCACUGGAAGCAGUACCCACCAGGCACAGAGUAUGUGUACAGCUACUUUGAGAGUCGUGGAUGUGAUCGUGACGGCUGGAAUGACGUGGUGUUUUUUGGGCUGCAAUACUUUCUCAAACGCUACCUGGCUGGGCAAGUUAUUUCCCAAGAAAAAAUCGACGAGGCAGUGACAAUGUGUUCAGAGCAUUUUGUUGGGAACGGCCUCUUCUACAAAGAGGGCUUCCAGUACAUCUUGGACAAGCAUGGCGGCAGGUUGCCAAUCUCCAUCAAGGCACUGCCUGAAGGAACUGUGGUUCCUACAAAAACCGCAUUGUUCACCAUGGUGAACACGGACCCCAAGUGCUUCUGGUUGACCAACUUCUUGGAGACGCUGUUGGUUCAGGUGUGGUACCCCAUGACGGUGUGCACUAACAGCCGGUACCAGAAGCUGGCAAUCCACGAGGCCUUGAGGGAGACCGGCCACUCCGACUGGGCCAUCGGUGGAACCGCCUUCAAGCUGCACGACUUCGGCUUCCGCGGCGUGUCCUCCGUGGAGUCCGCCGCCCUGGGCGGUGCCGCGCACCUUGUGAACUUCCUGGGUACGGACACCGUGGCGGCUCUGCUCUGCACCAAGAGGUACUAUCAUGCCAAGAAGGCGGCGGGCUUCUCUAUCCCAGCGUCAGAGCAUUCCACGAUCACAUCCUGGGGUGUCCAGAAGGAAGUGGAUGCCAUGAGAAACAUGCUGCUCCAGUACCCGGCGGGGCUCGUAGCCUGUGUGAGUGACUCCUUUGAUGUCUUCAAGGCGUGUCGGGAGUACUGGGGCGACAGUUUGAAGGACAUGAUCAAGGGCCGCAUCUCCGGUGACAGCUGGGGGAGGCUAGUGGUGCGCCCGGACAGCGGGGAUCCGUCCGAAACCUGCGUGCAGAUUCUGCAGAUUUUGUGCGAACAGUUCAAAGAGGACGUGACGCUCACGUCCACGGGCCACCGCCUGCUGCCGCAGUACCUCCGCGUCAUCCAGGGCGACGGCGUGGACUACGCCUCGAUCCCCAAGAUCUUCAACGCCCUGAAGAGCGCCGGCUUCGCCGCCGAGAACAUGGUCUUCGGGAGCGGCGGGGCGCUUCUGCAGAAGCUCAACCGAGACACCUUCAAGUGCGCCUUCAAGUGCUCAGAAAUCACCAUCGCAGGCAAAGCUCGCGAGGUUUUCAAGGAUCCUGUCACAGACAAGGGCAAGGCCUCAAAGAAAGGCCGCCUCACUGUGCAGAAGGCCGAUGAAACCAUUGGCAGGGAAGAGGACCGAUACCAGCCCCGGCAGGGUGAGUCAGGAGUGCCUGGCGGACAUGGCUUCUUGCACUACAGUGCUGAUGGCCAGUAUGUCACCGUGGCUAGUGGGAAAGGCGACCUCGCCAAGGACUUAUUGGUGGAAGUCUUCCGCGACGGAGCUCUGUUGAAGGAUUGGACCCUGGACGAAAUCAGGCAAAAAGCUGAUAUUCCCAAUGGGCCUUUCUCACAGGCUUAAUCCUGCACCCAGUCCUUGCAUUUAUGUUUCACUGACGUUACAAAGUGGUAACCGUGAGCAUCACAGCCUGCCUGGGGUUGCGAGCUACACGACAUCGUGUGGGCUUGCUUGCUGAAUCCGUUGAGCCACACGUGCCAGAAAAGAGAGGAAGAAGAGGUUGUACGAAAGU